UCCAUCGCCUGACGGCGAAAUAUCUAGGUUAGCCAAGCGACCGAGGACAGAAAUCAGCCACUUGACCCCAGAAUCUUUCAAGAAUGGCAUAUUUCUGGCACCAAUGGUCCGUUCGGGUGCUUUGCCCACCCGACUCUUGGCUUUGAAGUAUGGCGCCUCGCUGGUGUGGGGGCCCGAGAUGGUUGACAAAGCAAUUCUCCACGCCGAACGAGUGGUUGAUCCCAUUACCGGCGUCAUCUCGUACAACGGCAAAUCUCGCGCCAUGUUCACCACCCAUCCCAUCGAAAAGCCAUACCUGAUAUACCAAAUAGGCUCUGCGGAUCCAGAGCUCGCCGUCCAAGCAGCACGCAAAGUCAUGCAGGAUGUCUCUGGGAUCGACCUUAACUGUGGAUGUCCAAAGCCUUUCUCGACACAUGCGGGCAUGGGCGCCGCCCUGCUUACCAACCCCGACCUCCUUUGCUCCAUUCUCACCGCCCUUCGGCAGGCCAUGCCCCCUGAAAUCACUGUCACCGCCAAAAUCAGACUUCUGCCCACUCAGGAGGAGACAAAGAAGCUGGUGGAACGUAUCAUCAAUACUGGAGUCUCUGCUAUCACGAUACACUGUCGGACACGUCCCAUGCGACCUAGAGAGAAGGCUCUCCAGGAGCGCUUGAACGAGAUUGUUGACUUUGUCAAUGGGCUUGGGAAGGAUAUUGCUGUAGUCGAGAAUGGCGAUUGCACUGGUUACGAUGACGCACUCCGGAUACGGAGGGUGACUAAAGCAUCCUCCGUCAUGAUUGCCACUGCAGCGGAGUCAAAUCCAUCGGUCUUUUCUCCAAAUCCCGUCACGAACGUAGACAAGGAACUGGUUCCAUCAUAUCUACGUCUUGCAAAAUAUUUGGACAACCACUGGGCAAACAGCAAAUUUUGCGUUAUCCAGUUUAAGUCCAGCGAAGACACGGCUUCUAAAGCUGAGAAGCAUGAGCUGAAGGAGCUGAUAUCAAAAGGCAAGGGUUAUAAUGACAUGAACUCGGUCGUUGGAGAGUGGACAGGAGAGCAAGAACUUCAAGAGGUGGCGAAAGCCAUACAAACACGCACUGGCGAGGCUGUCUUCGCUCACGAGCCCAUGCCGACAUCAGCAGAAGAGGUGUCCGCAGUCCAGUCUGUGUCAUCAGAGAACGAGGAGUAUGGGAUGCCGACGUCUACGCCAUCGAAUCGUCCUAACCCAGAGCCCCCAAGUUCUGGAGCACCGCUGGGUCCGAGUAACGAGGCGCGCAUGCCUAUACCUGCUAUUAUAUCUGGAUCAGAUGCUUUGACUCCUACACCUACACCUGCUGCGUUUAAUUUUACGCCAGCGUAAUGUUCGCCUUCACUUAGCUUAUUAGGUGUGCUGUUAUAUCGUAGCCUUACUGCUGGUAAUAUCUGG